CCGUGCUAGUCUGGAAUGUCAAAAUUCAAUAAUGUCGUUUUCCGUGUGAAAUGUCAAAUUCUAUUUUAGUUAAGCUAAAUGAUUUAUCCAAAUACUUGCAUUUACGACAAAACACAGUGUUCAUUUUAUUGUGAAAAGACUAAAAGUGUAUCUUGUAAUUAUGUCUCUUGAACAAACUGCAUGUGAAGAUUUGAAAGCCUUUGAAAGACGUCUUACAGAAGUUAUAGCUUGUUUGCAUCCUUCGACGAUAAGAUGGAGAAGUAUGUUGAWWAUAAUACCGAUAAAGUUUGUUUUUACAUCAUUAUAUGUUAUAGUUGUCCUCAUAGUUGUCUCAAUAUGCAUAGCGACAGGUGCCGGUCAGUGGUUAAUGGACCCAGAAACACGCAUAGUUCCACUUUCACAAUCUUUAACGAAUCACCCUUUCUUCAUAGUUUCCACAAUUAUGUUCCUAAUUAUUUUAUGUCUUGGUGUGCACAAGAGAGUCAUAGCAGCUUCYAUAAUUACAUCUAGAACAAGGGAAGUAUUAAAUGACUUUAAUAUGUCAUGUGAUGAUUCAGGCAAACUUAUUCUGAGGCCUAGACCAACAAAUAUUACGUGACAAAUAUGUUACUACUUUAUUGUCCCCAGUCAAGCAAUUUUUACUUUUCCUAGACAUGUUAUCGUGUAAAUACAGUUCUCAAAUAAAUUUUAUACAAAAUG